AUGACUGAACCGGCGACGCCGAUCCCCUCGACAGGUGGCCUAUUCACCGACUACCGAGAGCCUCCACCCAGUACCGAAACAGCCCCGCCAACACCAGACGACCACGAUGACAGCGAUGAUGACGACGAGGAGGAGGGUGACUGUAGGGAUUACCAUGAGGAGAACAUGAUGGUCGAACUAUUGGAAAGGCGACGGGAGUUAUAUGCGAGGACCCGGUCUUUGAACCCCUCCACGGUUCGUGUCUCCUAUCCUACUCCUUCUCCUCCUCCUUGGCUUGUUGAUGAUCCGAGUGAGAGUCCUACUGUGGCCAUGGGGAAGACCAGGAGGAGUAGGAGUAGGAGUACGCCGUUGUACGGCCGCCGUCGAGGUCGGGUGUCUAACAAGAUGGCAGCUCACAGAGGAGAUAAAUGCGACAACUACGACAACAAGAUCAGGGCUAGGAGGAGAACCAUCGAUGUUAUGACAGAGCUGUGGUCCUGGGUCCGAGGUCUUUGUCGCAGAUUGGAUGUGAGAUGCAAUUACACUCCUGAGGAGACCACCAUUGUUGCAACUGCAGGUACAGCUCGUAACCACCUCUACUACCACCAGGUCCACUAUUAUACCGACAAGGUGGCGACUACGUAUUACAACAACGAGGCGGCUAUCGUCAAAUGGAUAUUGAUCAGUCUCUUGAUGGGGCUGAUCAUGACCUCCUCAAUUCGAUCACCAACGGAUCGACUUCCUUCGAGUUCCAGCGACGUGGGUAUGGACUUGAGGACGGAAUACGAAUCUCUCGAGCGGAGGAUCACGAACCUCGAACGGUCGCAAAGGAAUAGAAACGUCGACUUCCGGUUGAUCUACGAGCAAUUGAGGUCUGACCGGUGGGUCGAGAACAAGAUCUUGGAGGUUAUCCGCAAUGAGCUCCCCGCUGAGUUGGUAUUGGCCAAGGAUCCUAUUUCGGGGGAGGCUCGGGUUCCGGAGGAGUUCUGGGAUGCGGUUAAGGAGAUUCUAGGGGCGAGGGAUGGGUACCUUUCUGCGGUUGUGCAAGAAGAGAUGAGGAGGACUGCAGAAGGGGAGAAGGGGAAGUGGGAGGAGAUUUUGAAGGAAAAUGAGAACAGGAUCAGGAGUUUGGUUUCGGAUACUCAUAACAAGCUUUCGCGACGGACUGCUGUGCUCUCGAGGCAUGAGUUCUUGUAUUUGGUCGUGACAGAGUCGAAUGCUGUCUGGGCUAGUCUUGAGGGGAGGGUGGAUUCUUUUGUGCAACGACAGCUUGCGCAGUGGGUGGAGCGGGAACUGGAUGGCGGUGGCAGUGGUGUUCAGGAGAUCGUGUCGCGUGUCGAGCAACAGAUCCUGACAGAGGUGAUCGACAGAGCCAUCGAGCGAUACCGCGCCCGCCACAGUAUCCAUCGCCAUAUCGACGCACAACCAGACUACGCGCUCUACAACUCGGGCGGCCGGAUCAUCCCCCACCUCACAACCCAGACCUACCACCGCUACAAACCCACCACCAUCCUCGGACGACUCUUUGGACUCCAGAACUGGAUCCCUCCUCCCUUACCUCCUUCACUUUCGGAUAGUGACCAAGUGCAGGUGAACAAGGUGAUCCAACCAGAGAUGAACCCUGGGGACUGUUGGCCUAUGCAGGGUGGGUGGGGUCAGGUUGCGAUUCAAUUGGCGAAGAGGGUUGUGGUGACGGAGAUUGUGAUCGAGCACGUGGAUCCAAGGGUUGCUCUUCAUCGGGGGACUGCGCCGAGAGAUAUUGAGAUUUGGCGUUUGGCUGCUCCUACUACCGAAUCUUCUUCUUCAACUGAGGAAGAGGAAGUGAGAAGGAGAAUGACGAAUGAUGAGGAUGCGGGCGAAACUCCGAUCCUGGCGACUUGGCACAAGUUUGGGUCGCCCUUCCCUGGCGCCUCGCUCCUUGUGACUAUCACGUACCAGCAACAACAGGAACAGCCCAUUGGGACUUGUGAUCGUAGCGGGGAUGAGGAUAGGGUUGGCGUGGCGGAGUCGGAGAUAGAGACGGCGCAGAGGUUCUCGAUCCCGCUGUCGAAACAGAACGUACCUGCGUAUGGUGUUGUUGUCCGGGUGCUGUCAAACUGGGGCCACCCUGAUUUCACUUGUCUCUACCGCGUCCGUGUCCAUGGGCGUGCCGUGUAA